AUGACAAUGGAGCUGAAGAAAGACCAUUACCUGGGUUGUCUAGGCAUCAUCUACGGAGCGUUAUACACGUCUACAACCCCGUUUACCCCUCCCCAUCACCGUUACCAUCACCACCACACCACACCACACCACACCACACCACACCAUGGCCUACUAGCAUACUCGUCUAAUAUGCCUAGAUACGACCUUGCCAUGCGCAGCGCGAUUGUUACGAUGAGAGCAAUUGGCAUGACGACAAGUGAGAUAUCAGAACGGACUAAUAUCUCGAUCCGGACGAUCUCGUCGAUCUGGAAACGGGCUCUUGAACGUGGUUUUGACCCUCAAAGUCAACCUUCUAUAAUCACCGAGGCCCAUGUCACUGAUGCUGUUCGUUCUGGUCGUCCAGAGAAGCAAACACAAGAGGUGAUUCAUCUUGCCUUAUCAAAAGCACGCCCAGACCGAUAUGGACGCGAGAAAACGUUCGCGACUAUCGCUAGUGAGCUAUGCUCCGCACUUAAUAUAUCGAUCUCUAGUACUACAGUCUGGCGAGCUUCACGACGUGCGGGUUUUCGGAAGACGAGGCCGACGCGUAAGGCCGGUUUAAACGCAAAAAUGCGACUUGAUCGAUUAAGAUGGUGUCUUCAGCGCCAAUAUUGGGACUCGGAAAACGUGACCUGGACCGACGAAACUAGCAAAAUUCAAAGGAUCUAUUUAUUUAAAAGGAAAUUAUAA